GGGCGGGCGGCGCGGUCCCUCAGGAUGGCGCGGAGCGGGCGGGCACUCGGUAGGGCCCUGGCGGGAGGGCUCGCCGCCCCGCCGCCCGGCGCGGCCGCUGUCAGGCACUUGGCUUCCUGUGGUAUUCUAAUGACCAGAAUUUCUCCUUUGCAAGUACCUGUAAUGAGCCAUACCUUUUCAAGAACUUUCUUUGACAUUGCUGCACCACUAGUGAAUAAAAGAAAAGAAUAUUCUGAAAGAAGAAUUAUAGGGUAUUCUAUGCAGGAAAUGUAUGAAGUUGUUGCUCUUGUGGAGAACUACAAACUAUUUGUACCUUGGUGUAAAAAGUCAGAUAUCUUAUCAAAGCGCUCUGGAUACUGCAAAGCACAGCUAGAAAUAGGAUUCCCUCCUGUAGUGGAGAGGUACACAUCAGUUGUUACCCUAGUGAGACCACAUCUAGUUAAGGCAUCCUGCACAGAUGGAAAACUAUUUCAUCACUUGGAAACAGUGUGGCGUUUAAGCCCAGGUAUCCCUGGUUACCCAAGGACAUGUACAUUGGAUUUUUCAGUUUCUUUUGAAUUUCGUUCACUUCUACACUCAAAACUUGCUACGCUAUUUUUUGAUGAAGUGGUAAAGCAGAUGGUAGCUGCCUUUGAAAGAAGAGCAUCCAAACUCCAUGGCCCAGAAACAAGUAUACCUCGGGAGCUAAUGCUUCAUGAAGUUCAUCAAACAUAAGAGAAAAUUCUAACAACUUCUGUUACGAACUUGUUUAUAGCUUUGUUUGUACAAGGGGUGCCAUGCUGCUCCUUUGGGGCAUUUAUUUAUUAUCUGAGCUUUGUGAUUUCAUUCUGUACAAAACACACCCAUUCAGCCAGAUCUAUACAGAAUGUUCAAGCUACAAUCAACUGCAACUUAAACUGUUAUGAGUGACAGACACUUGGCAGCUACUCUAACACAAGGUAUAAACGUUUAGAAACUUGCUAAA